GCUGGCAGUAGUCUGUCUCUCGCCAGGACUAACCGCAUCUACGAAUCGGCAUCGAUGACGACAACGGUGCUGGAUCCGCUUUUGGAUCGACAUCAGAGUGGCGAUCAAUUGUUUUUGCCUUUCGAUGGGCCGACAAACGACAAGGUGUCGCUAUACCCAAAGGCGUAUGCAACAUCAGAGAAUCAGCGCCUACAAAGUCAUUCUAUUGCUGAUCUAUGGAUGCUGCUUCUGGUUCCUCAUGAAACACCUUUUGUGGAGCUACGUUAUGACACGCGUACCGUAGAGAAACUUCUAUUAGAUGCUGAUGAUAGGUGUUUUGCAAUUCGUAGUCUAUUUGGAUUCGAUCGGAAGCCCGUAUCACAAGAAGAACGGGACUACCCUUUGGCAUAUGGCUUGAUCGUCUACAAAAAUCUAGUCCAGUUGAUAAAAGGAAUUCGUGAAUGGAUUUUAUUUCAGAUCCUUUUUAUGCUCAGCUCGUUCUAUCGACCUCAGAAUGAGUAUUGUAUAGCCGUUAGCGGAGGAGCUGAUUCAAUGUUCAAACUUCUUAUGGAUGAAGUCGACUCAUGCUUUGACAAUGUUCAUGUACUGUAUCUCUCUGGAGUAGACAUUCCACUCAAAACCAACUACGAAAUGGUUGAAAUAUUCAAGGCAUGGAAUGAUACGGUAAAUACCGAGUUUGCUCAAUUUCAAAAACAAAGAGUACGCAGUAAAAGGAUAGAGGCCGCACCUCUUCCACUUUUCAAAUCCUCCCUCUCAGCUACGGUUCCCAGGAAAGCUGUCGAUCGAAUAGUGCAGGUAAGUCUUUUCCUUCUUACUGAGCAUUCUUUCCAGCAGAGCUCAGAGUCUCGUGACCUGCUGAGAUUCCUUCGAAACACCUCUAUACCGGACGAAAGCUUCUGGACAACCCUAACAGGGAACGUUGACAAAUUUCCUCUGCCUGGCGGAACAGAUGCGGCCAAAUGGAUUGAAUAUCGAGAAAAUUACCGUAAAAACCAUAGUGCUGAACUGACACAGUCCCAAAAUCGAACAAUCAUAAUGCGGUACUACCUAUCACGAUAUCAACUCUGGGAUGCCAAGCGAUGCCACGGUGAAGCCAUACGUGCGUUCUCUUUUUUGAAGUAUAAACCCAGGGUACUCAAUGGAGUUCUCGCUUGGGUUGUGGGUUAA